UCGCUGCGGCCCGCGUUCUGUACAGCGCCCUGCACAAGGCCACCAAGAAGGACCUCUUCAAGGACGUCCUGACUGGCACCAUUGACCCCAGCAUUCGGUACGCCGCCUACCAGAACCGCAUCCCCCGCACUGUGGGUGUGUCUGCUGUUGCGCGGAAGUACUUCCCCAAGGAUGAGCAGCUCUCCAAGGCAGUGCAGCAGAUCGAUCCCUCAGCGCUGCACGAGGAGGAGGCCACGGCGUUGAGUGCGUACACCAGACGAUGAACACGUAUAGGAAACUGACAGUUGCAGGCUCCCAGAUCACCUGGCGCGGCCGCACCGCCAACAUUGUCGAUGCUGCUAUUGGCCAAGCUCUCGUCUCGAUCGAAUCUGCGUCCAGCAACCUCGACCGGUCCAGCGCCUCGUCUUCGCCAAAAGACCGCGCCAACGCCUACGACGACAUCCUCAUCGCGAGCCAGGACGCCGUUGACGCUACAAGGAGAGCCAUCGAGGAGCUGGAGAAGGAGGGCGUGGACGAGGGAGAUGCGCGCAUGCAGGAUCUUCGCGUCACUAACCUGGCCGUGAACUACGACCUGAUCUCAUGGCGCAUUGGCAGGAACAGGGUGCUCAUUGGCACUGAUGACGGCCUGGCAUUCGCACCCAACCCACCUCAGAAGCCGAGAAGGCCGCGCAAGGACGGAAAGGAGUGGGCUGAGCGUGAAGAGCCAACAGGCCGUAAGCUCGCCAGGCUACGAGAGCGCGUUGCUCUGUACGAUGCCAUCCUGCAGAGUAUCGACUCGAUCAAGGACCUGCGUGGCGCAGCACGCGACACUGGCUUCAUCGCCGAGCUCGACGGCCAGCGCGCCUACUUCCAGGCCCUGAAGUGCCUCAACCUGUCACACUCGCACGCUCUACUCGCCGCACCAAGGCAAGCCCUCGCUCUCUGCAGCCGCGCGCUGUCCCUCUCUUCGCAAGCGACGUCCGCACCGACCUCAACAUCGACCACGACCUCAAACGCCACCAAACUCGUCGUCUCCGAACAUCAAGCCUCGGCUCUGAAAUCGGCCCUCGAGAACCUCAACUCGCACUACCGUGGCGUCGUCGCCCUGUCCCAGCUCUCUGCCAGCUUACAGACCGCCGCCAAGGCCGGCCUGUCCAACGCCGCGCCUGUCGUCGAGAGGCUCAACGAGUACCCGUCGUCCGGCUCCGUCGAUCUCAAGAAUCUGGUCACGUGGCCGCCGAAGCUGAGGCCCGUGCCUGUGAAGCCGCUGUUCCUCGAUGUGGCGUGGAAUUACGUCGAGUAUCCAGGGCGGACGCAGCGGGUCGAGGUGGAGGAGAAGGUGGAGGAGAAGGAGGAGAAGAUGGAGGAGGAGGAGGAGAGGCCAAAGGCUAAAAAGGGCUGGUUUGGCUUUGGACGGUAGAUGGAUGACGUGCGCAUGCAUGGCAACGGGACUUCGCUCUUGAGAUGCGCGGAGACGCUUAGACGCUCAGAUCCAUGGAUCUUUGUCCUAACAGCAAUGUCGAUUCUGAAUCCCCGUCUCAUACGCGGACUUGAUGUUGCUUCAGUUGUUCCCUGCUCCUUGCUUGGUCGGCCUGCUGCUGCGACGUCCAAAGUCUAGACACUCGGCCAGUCCAAGUGCAAUCCCAAGUUCUCCUCCCCUUUAUCAGAGCUAUGUGUUCUGCAAUAGCGAGCACUUACUACCUAUGUGUUCUGCGAUAGCGAGCACUUAC